UAGAACGAGGUUGUCCCGCAGCUGUGUUACGCAUGUGGGACUCGUUAACGUCUGCUCCACGCGAACUUUGUGGCGUUAAAAAUCCUGAAGAUAAAUGGAGUUAUCUUUCGGAUGAUAAUAAUAUGCGACUCAGUUUUAUAUCAGCUGAUAAAGCAGUAGGACAAGACGGUUUUCGAGCAGUGUGGACCGAAGUAAACACGAACACAGACUGCGAGAAUAAUCAAUUUCAAUGCAAAAGUAUAAAAUACUGCAUCAAUGAGUCGCUGCGGUGCAAUAACAUUGAUAAUUGCGGGGCAGACGAUUCGUCGGACGAGGAGAACUGUGUCGCGGCAAUACCGGCAGACAGCUACACAAUGCCGAUAGCCUAUGCGGUCGGCAGUAUCUUGGUGAUCCUGAUGUUCUGUCUGAUCUGUCAUCGUAGACUGCGCCGACGAUCGCAUAACAUCCCGAUCAACGAGUUAUCGCCGCAGCGAGUGGUUGAUGAUCGGGGCCAUUGCUACCAUCAUCAUGACCUGCUAUAUCAUCAGCACCAAAAUCACGCAUCAAGGCACAGCUUUAAUCAAUAUCAACUAGAACAGCCAAGUCCAUCAAGCGAAAGUGACGAGGGUGAGGCAGAAGAACUCGAGCCAGACUGCGACCAAGAGACCAGCAGCCCUGAUAGUGUGUGAUAUUAAUUACAGCGUCCUAUGUGCAAAUUAUUAUUAUCAUUGUUACACGCUGCAAUAAAGAAAAGUCGAGAAAAAGUAGAAAAAAUUAGUGUGACAUUUAUCGUUAUGUACGCGUUUCAUAACAGUGCAUUGUAAGUUUUCUAUGGUACACGACGUAUGUAGUACGUGUGUAUGUGCGUGCGUAUGGUACAUACAUAUAAAUAUUUUGUAAGCAAAAGACUAGCAAUAUGCUAGUAGUUCGCCAACAAAUUCAAACAGAAUAUUGUGAUAGAUUGUAGUAUCAACAGCGUUCAUUAAUCUUAUGUUGUGCCAGCAAAGUCUAUUGACAUAAUCUGAUAGUAGAUUUCCAGCAGAAACCGAGCAGAAUCUGUCACUUCAUAAUUCAUUUAAAUGAAGUGUACUAAGUGCUGCAGUCAAUUUCAUUAUAUUUUGUUGAAGGAUUC